CUGAGGCCCACCCCCGCCCCGCUGCUGGCUGCGGGCUAGGCUCCUAGCGGAGUCUGGGCCCCGCGAGGAGAGCCCCACGAAGGCCACCACGCUCGCCAGCCCCGGGGGACACGUCUGCCCUCCUCGGCCUCAGCUGGCUCACAGCAUCUCCAGGAGGACCAGAGAAACACCCAGGAGCAGUGUCCCAAAGGUCACAGCCAAGUUGGCCUAGUGGAGGCACCUCUUGAUGCAGACACCAGUGUUUGCCAGCACUGCUACCCUGGUCCCUGGGGUACCACUAGGGUCUCAACCUCUAGCUUCUGGAGAUAGGAUAGAGCUGUCAUCCCCUCCUCAGAGCAGGUUCUUCUUGGUACCUGCUUCAGAUAGGAAGUCUGACAUGGGGGCGUGUGACUGGCCAAACACCUGCACUCCAGCUUCAAGGGACGCUGGGAAGGCCUCAUGGGGCUCCUCUGGAUGGAAUCAGGAUUCGUAAGAUGGAGAAUGCCCCAAAUGCAGGACAUGCUCACCAGCUGGAAAGAAUGGCACAUGUCCCCUUGCAUGCUCCAGGAGUCCUGCCACCCCCAUCUCAGCAGCUCCUGUGCCACAUGCUGCACUCCCUCACCCCUGAGACCUCUGGCCACAGCCUGCUUACUGUCUUCCUCCUGGUCCUUGAAAGCCACCCCCUUCCUCCUCAGAGUGCUGCCCACUUCGCUACACCAUGGAUCCUGGCUAGAUCUCACCACCUGCCCUGUCUGCUGGCAACAACCACAUCAAACACGGCACCACUGUCUCAGGGACAUGUAUCAUGUGGGUGCUGUGUGUUCCUUGUUCCAUCACCACAUUCGACCCUCAGGAGCUCCUCCACGAAAGGAAUGCCUACUGACAUGGCCAGUUUACUCAAGAGGAAACCGAAACUCAGAGAUUGAACAUCUCCCUGGGUGUGCCCUCUCCAUCACUCAGUAGGGGCCCUUUGAGGGCAAAGUCUGCGUCAUGUUCUUCCUCUGCAGGGGACUCCUGUGUUCUGAACAAGCAAAAGUCCAUAUGUGAUUCUUUUUUUUUUUUUAAGACUUUUAUUUAUCGAUUUGAGAGAGCACACAGGAGCAGGGGGAAAGGCGGGGGAAGGGCAGAGGGAGAGACAGAGGGAGGGGCACAGGGAGAGGGAGAAGCAGCCCCCCCCCCCUGAGCUGGGAGCCCUAAAUAAGGCUCCAUCCCAGAACCCAGGGUCAUGACCUGAGACCGAGGCAGACACUUAACCAAUUGAGCCAUCCAGGUACCCCCAAUAUGUGACUCUAAAAAUGUCCUGGAAGUCACAUGUUCUCAGACUGUUUUCUGUAGAACAGCAUUUCCCAAAACCGAUCAUAAAAUUGAUCUAGGAUGUUUGUUAAAAGUAAUACAGAGUCCUGGGGGCACCUGGAUGGCUCAGCCAGUUAAGCGUCCCACUCUUGGUUUCGGCUCAGGUCACGAUCUCAAGGGUCAUGAGAUCAAGCCCUGCGAUAGGCUCCGCACUCGGCAGAAUCUGCUUCUCUCCCUCUGCUCCUCUGCACUGCUUGCACGUGUAUGCUCUUUCUCUCUCUCUCAAAUAAAUAAAUCUUUAAAAUGAUAAUAGUAAUAAUACAGAGUCUCAAUUCCCUCCUAGAGCAGCCAAUCCUUAAGAUCAGAAGGAAGGUCUGGAAACAAGGUCUUUUAACAAGCUCUCCAGCAUUUGUUGUGAUCAUGCAAAUAGGGGGAACACUGCUGUAGAGAGCUGUUUUCUUAGGGUGGAUUUAGACUAUCCUGGGCCUGCAAAUUACAGCCUGUUCUCAUUGGAGAUCAGUAGCUAGGGCCCUGAAAAUGGGGAGAAUCACUGAGCGCCAUGGAAGGGCCUUAAAAUAGGCUCUCAGCUGCUGACAAUGGAGCCUUGCAACCAAAAUGUGAGCUUCCAGCAAUUCCACAUCUAGGAAUUCAUCCUGAGGGAAUAGCUAUGGUUAUGCACAGAGCAAUCCUGUGCCAGAGGAGAAAGAGGUUGUCCAAAUCUGCCUGUGUAAUUAGUAAGAGGCAUAGUCCUCACCCCACAGACAGAUAGCCAGAUGAAGCCAUGAAGCAGGCCUCCUUCACCCCCUGCUCCUGGAUCUGUCCAGGCCAGUGCCCCAACCAGAUGGCACAAUUCCAUCCUCUGUGCCCUGGGGCCCAUUUCACUCACCCAGGUCCUAGAAUUUGCCUAUGCAAAGCCCUGAAGGUGGGGCGGGGGGCGGGGGGCAAUACUGACAGGAAACCCACUCAGUUUGGGUUUUCAGUGGGGUGGUGUCUAGAGUUUCCUGCUGACUUUGACCUGCUGACCCUGACCAAGAGGGGGACCCCUCGGUAAGGGAGCCUGCCCUCUGCAUUAGGGUCCAAACAUGGAACAAAGGUCAAAUGGGGAGAGGUGGUCAGGGAGGAGACUCCAGUCCCUGAGCCAGGCCUGGAUUCUUUGUUUUCGUUUUUCUCAGUUUUUCCCACUCUACCACAUGGGCUCCCUGUUUAGGAACCCCAGUGAUUUUUCAUAGCUUCUUAAAUGCACGUUGGCUUGCAGGUCCCAGGAAUCAUCCGGUCCUUUCUCUCUGAAGACUGUGGCCAGCUCCAACCCUGGCACUCUCUCCCUAGUGUCCUAGCCCCAUAGUCUUCAAAGAUGGACUUCACUUCUCCUUUCUGCCAACAGCCAAGACAUCACCAAAAUAACAAACAUAAGAAAGUUCCAUCUUAUGUUCACGAUCCUCAUCUCUGUUUCCUCAGUCCCUGGUUUAUUUUUUAUUAUUAUUAUUUUAAAAAAGAUUUUAUUUUUUUGACAGAGAGAGAGAGCAAAAGAGCACACUAGCACAAGCUGGGGGAGCAGCAGGCAGAGGGAGAAGGAGAGGCAGGCUCCCCACUGAGCAGGGAGCCUGAAGUGAAGCUCCAUCCCAGGACUGUGGGAUCAUGACCUGAGUCUGAGGCAGCCACCUAACUGACUGAGCCACCCAAGUGCCCCAUCAAUCCUUCGUUUAAACAAAGUCAGACACCAGGCCUUUUUUUUUUUUACCCCCAAACUUCUCAGAUAUUACAGUCCCAAAAUUCACUCAAGUAACAGAACACCUGGAAGUCAUGGAUGGGCUCCUUAUGGAGGUCACGUUUACUGCUGUGUCUAAUUCCAUCAUAGGAGAGAAGGGUAAGGACUCAACCCUAGAUGAGAUACAGGAUUGUCCAAUGGUCAGUGCACAGGCUCUGGGAUGGGCACACCUUGGGUUGAACCCCACCUCUAAUACUUACUAAUUGUCUGACCUUGGGAAAGUCAUUCAAUUUCUCAAAGCCUCUAACCUCUGGACUGAAUUGUGCCCAUCCUCCACUCAUACGAAGCUCUAAUCCCCAGUGUGACUGGAUUUGAAAACAGGAUCUUUAGGGAGGUAAUUAAGGUUAAAUGAGGUCAUAAAGGUGGAGCCCUGAUUCAAUAAGACUGGUAUUCUUUUAAGAAGAGAUGAGAGUGUCUCUCUCCAUUUAUGCACAGAGCAUAGGCCAUGUGAGGAUACAGCAAGAAGCUGACUGUCUGCAAGCCAGGAAGAGACUUCUCCCCAGAAACUCACCCUGAUGGCAUACUGAUCUUGGGCUUCUAGCCUCCAGAACAGUGAGAAAAUAAAUUUCUGUUGUUCAAGCCAUCCCAUCCUGUGGUAUUCUGUGACGGUAGCCUAAUCUAAUACACUUAGUUCUCUCAUCUGAAAAGCAAGGAUAAAACUGGCAUUUGCAUCAUGAGGCUAUUGUGAGAAUCCAGCAGGAAAUACACAUACUUCCUUCUUUGGUUUUUCUACAACAUCUUCAGCACCUGGAACAGUGCCUGGCAUAUAGAGGAUGUUCGAUAAAUAUUUACUCAAUGAAUAAAUACAUCAAAAGGAAAAAAGGAACCCGUCGAACUAAAUACAUAUGCAUAUUUCUGAGCUUUUCACUAACUUCUAUUUCUUUGAUCAUCGUUCACCAGGGGAAGAUAGCAAGCAUAAAGCAUUUAAGAAAAGUGCAAGGAGAAUCUCUCAUUUUCAACUAGAUUUGCCCAUUAAUGUCAUGUGUUCUGUGAGUUGGGAAAGGACAGGCUGGCUGAUCCUGGGGUGAGUUGGAGUCCCUGGAAGAGGAAGCAUUGAUCAGAGAGCUGCAGGAAGCCUCUGAGCACCGGCCCAGCCUUGUGGGCCUGAGGCCCUGGAGCAGAGGGGAAAGCUCUUCCUUCAGUGGAUCAGAGGGGCUGGAGACUGGGACCACAGCUGUGGAAGGCAGUGUGGGGAGGGUACAGGAACCUCCUGGGGCAACUUGGUCUGAGGUUAGAGGCCACAGCAGACCCAUCUUCCUGGUGCUUGUGAGAUGCAAAUGAUGAGAAUAAUAGGGCCUCUGUCCCCUAGGCUAUUUGUGGUAGAGCCUAGGCUCACAGGAAUCAUAGCUCCUUCAGCUUGGUCAUGGACAAGCUCAGGGGAAGCAAGCUCCGGUUGGGGCCACCCCUUCCACCCCCCAGAUGUGUAGAUUCCCCACCUUGGAACAAAGAUGCCCCCAUCCCCUCUCCUCUGCCUGCGCCAGGGACCUGGAGAUGUGAGAAAGCUCAGGAGGAGGAGGAGGAGGAAGAUAAAUACGAGCCGCCCCCCUGUGAGGCUCUGCCGUUCAGUUUUGCUCCUGCCCACCUUCCCGGCACCAAGGAGGACUCUUUGUACUUGGAUCACCCUGGCCCUCUGGGCCUGUGCAAGUCACCGCCACCGAAGUCCCAGGCCACAAUGCUGAAGGGAGCACAGAGUCUGUGGGAGGCGAGGAAGCAGGGACAGCCCUUCGCCUUCGGGAAGCAAGAGCUGGCUGCACCUGCCAGAGUGGUGCCAGGUCUUCCAAAGAAAUCUGAUGAGGAUCUCUACCUGGAGUGUGAGCCCAGUCCAGUCCUGGCCCUGACUCAGACUCCGAGCUCCCAAGUCCUGAUGCCGCCAAUCUCACUGCCAAGGAUAUCAGCGGUGCCCAAGCCCACUGUAGCCCCCCAGGAAGCUCGGAAUGGAGCAGCGAAUACCACCUCUAAAGGAAGGAGAUCCUCUCUUUCCUCUAGAGCACCCACCUGGAGCACCCCAGCUGCUGAGGACGGCAGCCUGCUGGGUCAGCCCUGGUACUCAGGAAACUGUGACCGCCAUGCUGUUGAGAGUGCCCUGCUCCGAUUCCGAAAGGAUGGGGCCUACACGGUGCGCCCCAGCUCGGAGCCUCAGGGCUCCCAGCCCCUUACCUUGGCAGUGCUUCUGCAUGGCCGGGUUUUCAACAUUCCCAUCCGUCGGCUGGAUGGCGGGAGCCACUAUGCCCUGGGUCGGGAGGGCAGGAAUCACGAGGAGCUGUUCCCCUCUGUGGCUGCCAUGGUCCAGCACUACUCACAGCACCCCCUGCCUCUUGUGGACAGACACAGCGGCAGCCGGCAGCUCACCUGCCUGCUCUUCCCCACCACGCCCUGAUGCCCCAGCAGAUUAUACACACCCACCUCUGGGCCCAUAGUCUGCUCUUUGCCCUCGCCACCUCGGGCUGUCUCCCCCUCACCGCUCCCAGGUCUCCACCCCUCCAGGCCUUCCCCUUCCCUUGCCCCAGUCCCUGCAGGCCUGAAUGAGAGGCUUUGGGAACGGUUACCCAGAAGCAGAAAGAACCCCUGAGCCCCCCACCCCAUAUUCACUGCCCCUCCCUGCUGUAUCUCCAAGGCUUGGAAGCCGGGGUCAGGCAAGGCCCCCAUUCCCAGGCCCCACUCAUGGCUGUGUUGCCCUGUUUACUAGGGCCUCCCAAGCUGCUCUGGAUAAGGGCCUCCUCCAGGAAGCUGAGCCUCAGGAGGCCAGCCAGGGGUACUGCUUGGACACAAAGUGAACCCUUUCACAUUCUCUCGUGGGCUUAGCACAGGGCUGGCAUUUUGGGUUGCGAUGUACACAGUGUGCUUUCAAUAAAUGCUUGUUGAAUGAA